AUGACUAAAGUCGACUGCUCGAAAUGCUGCAAGAAGGAAGCACAUGACUACUCGGUAUUGGCAUGCAAAAAACCUUACCCACUGUACAAUCAACAGAUGUGCGACAACUGUUUCGAAUUCACCGAACCUCCACACGAAAGUAAGAAUUGCACAGAAAGCGUUGGGAAAAGUUGUAAAUCAUGCGGCCACGCUGAAUGUCCAAAGAACAAAUGCCCUGUGCUGGGUGGCAUGAAGAUUUCUGAGAUUAGAUUUACUCCCAACGCGCGAGAUGCAUGGUUUAAAAGAUAUGGUCCCAAGUCAAAUGCAGCAUCAAGUGCAGCGUCUCAAGCUUCAGCUAACACUACCGGACCAUCAAACUCUCUACCCGAGCCUGUUGCCGAUAACAGAACGAUGGAAGAGAAACUUCAAAGCUUGUAUGAUGAAGAGUCACGGAGAAUCCCCCAAACCGAGAGCCAAACUUGGGACCCACCUACUAAGAUUAACGCGAACUUUUACAAGGUCGGUCUGAGCAGCGAGGCGCAGAUCUUGAAGUACUCGGUUUGCCUUGACAGAAUCAUUUCUCGCGGGAAGCCCGAAGGGUUUGUACCUACACGGCCAGAAACCAAGCGCUAUCUAAUCACGCGGCUUCUCGAGGAAAACAAAGAUCUAUUCGAAUCAAUCAGCUGGGCUACCGACUUUGACUCCUUUGUUGUCUCUAAUAAACCACUCGGCAAGCAUGAUUUGAGUAAGCUCGGAUGCUCUAUUUCAACACCACAUACACGCAGCGGACCUGAUGGCAACCUGAUUAAUAUGAACUCUUCAUUGUCAUUCCUCGGAUUGGUUAAUGUCAAGGCCUUGAUAGACCACGUCAAGUCUAAGAAUACACCCCUUGACCACCCUGAAGAGGAACUAAAGUUCCUGAAUAUAAUUUCUUGGAAGAAGGUUAAUUCCCCUCAGUACGAAGGAGGUCGUGUGGGCAAGAAAUUCUAUCCACAUAGCUUUAUGGCCGAUGACGAGAGAUCGAUGUCUCAACGACGAACAAACGAACAGAAGGACCCUAGCCUACGCUUCAAAGACAAGGUACCUUUGUAUCAGAUACAUCGUGGUUUCUUCAGCUCAAUGAGGCCUGGGAAGGGCUCAGUUUUGCUCAAUAUAGAAUCAAACCCGAAUGCUUGGGGCGAUUCUGGAAGACUUCUGAAGGGGAUUCGUGUUGUUUUCGACAUUCAUGGAAAGAACAGGCAAAAAGUCUUCAACAUCAAAAGUAUCGCGCCGCAUAGUGUGUCAGAGACUAAAUUUAUGAAAGAUGGUACAGAGAUGUCAGUUCAUGCUUACAUGAAUGCUACAUACCAUAAGACUGUGUUAGACAAGAAUGCACGGUGCAUCAACGUGGGAAGCAAGGCAGAGCCAACUUGGUUUCCAGCAGAUCAUUUGAAAAUUGUUGAAUGGCAAAUUGUUAAGAAGAAUCUGCCAGAGCCUUAUGUUGCUGCUAUGAUUGAUACCACCAAGGGCCCUCAACAGAGUAAAGUUGCUAUCAAGGAGACGGGAUUGGUAGAAUUGGGCUUCUUUGAGAAGGAUCCCUUCUACAAGGCAUUUGGAAUUACGCCAGACACAAAUUUGGUCGAGAUCAAAGCGGGAUAUCUUGAGGCCCCGAUGUUAUUACUUAGAGAGACUGACAAAGUUACAGCUCACGACGGUGCCUGGGAAUUCAGAUCCAAGAAAUGCCGGAAACCGGGUAUUAAGAACACGACUCUUUACGUUCUGUGGUUGAGAGAUACUGCUCAUAAUCAAGAAAAAGAUAUGAACAAAGCUACUGAUAUUUUAGUCGGAUCUCUGAAUGAGUUUGGCCUUGAGCAGAUUACGAAUCGUGUGUUUUAUGAUGCGUUAAUUCCUGAAGAAGCACAGGAACCCGAAAACUAUCGCCAAGCUUGCGCUACUACUUUCAAAAGUGCUCUACAGCCGGUCAUUGAAGGUACGGAAAACGUGCCCUUGAUCCUGGUUGUGCUUCCAAAACGAAGUCGCAAGCUCUAUCCAGAAAUAAAGAGAUGGGCAGAUUGUGAUAUUGGCAUCCCGACAGUUUGCGUCGUGGAAAAAACCCUUUCGGGGAGCGGGGAUCGCGCCAGAUGCGGUAACAUCAGCUUAAAAUUCAAUCUCAAAUUGGGAGGCAUCAAUCAAGAAGUGAGCAAUGGGUGUGGAACCAAGUCCCGGACUAUGGUUGUCGGAGCAGAUGUCACACAUCCUGGCGACGAGGAAGGAUGUCCUUCCAUCGCUGCUGUAGUGGCUACCGACGAUGACAGCCAAUUCCAAUAUCUCAGCUCUGCACGACUUCAGGAAGGAAAACAAGAGUACAUUUCGGAUCUUCGAGGCAUGAUAAAAGAAAGACUUCUUGUCUGGGCCGAAAGUGUUUUAAAAGACAUAAAACCAAGGGUUGGUGGCCAAUAUCCACAGAUUCUUCCCGACCAUAUUCUUUUUUACCAAGAUGGAGUGAGCGAGAGUCAGUUUGGCAUGGUUCGACAUCACGAGAAACAACAAAUAUUCGAUGGAUGCUCUGAUGCAUACAUGGAACUAAAAUCUAAUCUCAAGAAAAAACUCCCUGGCGCCUUUCCAAAAGUGGCCAAGGAUGUGAAAUGGAAACCUAAACUUACCCUAAUCGUUGCAAUUAAGCGACAUCAUGCCAGAUUUUACCCUUUGACUUUAGUAAAGGGUGAUCCAAAUCUGAACGCUGGAACUAUUAUCGAUUCGGUGGUCGUGACACCCAAUCACUUUAGUUUCUACUUGCAGAGCCAUUGUAGUCCGCUCGGCACGGCUAGAAGUACUCAGUACGUUGUGAUUUACGAUGAUCUUGAUUACAAGAAAAAUCCAAAGGACAUCAUGAAUAUUGUGAGUUUCCUAUUGUUUUCGAGACCCACACCGCUGGAUGCACUAACUGAUUGUACGCAGACAAACAAGCUUUGCUACACCGGCUCUCGCGCUUCCAAAGCCCUCUCUGUAUGUACACCAGCCCGCUACGCAGAUAUGCUGUGCGAUCGUGUGAGAUGCUAUUUGAAGCCUGUUUUAGAGGGUUAUCGUGAUGAGGGCACCACGGGCGAUAUGGAUGGAACACAAAGGACAGCUUUUUGUGGAGAAAACACGCUCGUUUGGAAACCAAAUGCUUCAGGCAUUCUACCAGAUGGGUGGAAGAAUCCUUGGCAUCCAUCGAUCAGCAAUGUUAUGUUCUAUCUUUGA